UCCGUCUCCGCCGUCGAGUGGCUCGUCUUCGACGAUGACAUCAGAGCCCUCGCCGUCGGGACCUCUUGCGGCUAUCUUUUGAUCUUCUCUGUGCACGGUUAUCUCAUUCACAGACAGAUUGUAAAUCCUGGAAAGAUUCUUAAGAUAAGAGUACGCGGGACUAAGCAGGAUCUGACACAAGAUACAUCCCCAGAGGAGGUUUGCAUAGUAAUGCCUGGUGUGAUUGCACGUUUUGAAGGAUCUGGUAUUAAGAAUCUGUUGCGCCGGUGGUUUCAAGAAACAGACUCAAAGUUUUGGGAUCAGGAGUUCUAUGAUGAUGCUAAUUCAGAGGAUUCUGGAAAUUCUGCUACGAGCCUUCCUUACCAACUAUGGAAUGUUAGCAAGUAUGGAUUAUGUGCGGAUGCUGCUAUUACUGGUGUCAUGCCCCCACCUUUGAUGGAAAUUCAAUCAAGUCAACGUUACUAUUGUGCCGUCACUAUUGGAGAGGAUGCCGUGAUAUCAGCAUUUAGACUUUCUGUGGACAAGAACAGAUCACUAGUGGGAGCUAUCUUGUCAAAAGUUGUUCCUGCAACAUUUUCAACAAUUGCUUCAUUUUCAAAAUUGAUUUGGCGGAGUGAAGAAAAGCCCACGAAGAAGCCAGAAGCUAAAUCUCAACCAUUUGCUCGAGCCUCUGCUCUAACUUGUUUGAAGGAUCAUCCACGGAAGGGUGAGAAGCUUACAUUGUCGCCUAGUGGUACUUUGGCCGCAAUAACCGAUUCACUUGGCCGUAUUUUGCUCUUAGACACUCAGGCACUUGUUGUCGUGCGUUUAUGGAAGGGAUAUCGUGAAGCAAGCUGCUUGUUCGUGGAGAUGCUUGCCCGUAAAGAUAAAGCAGCAGCCUCGCGUUGGGCUUAUGACGAGCACUCAAAAAGUGAUUACUGUCUCUGUCUAGCUAUACAUGCACCUCGAAAAGGAAUAGUGGAGGUCUGGCAGAUGAGAACCGGACCACGACUUCUGACCAUUCCAUGUCCAAAAGGCAGUAAAAUACUACAACCAACAUACAGAUUUAGUUCAGCAACAGCAUCUUCAUCAUCUUAUGUACCUCUGCAAGUGUUCUUUCUGAAUGGAGACUCUGGUCAGAUUUCACUUCUCAAUCCAUUCCUUCAUUGAGCUUUACUUCUGUAUCUAUCCAUUUGUAUAGGACAUUAAACUUGAAUCUUUGAGUCCAACAUCCAUUUUUACCUGUUUAACAUAUACU